UUCCAGUUGUGAGUGUCCGUGAACUUGCUUUGCACAAGAAUUUCACCCAACGUUUCGCAGCAACGACCUCGGCAAGGAGGUCACGAUCAUGCUCGCCUAGAGUCCCAACCUGGACAGUCUCUGGUCAGCAAAUUCGGGAAGUCGGGUCCAUACUGGGCUACCGAAACUCACACAGCCCAGCUUGCCGCUUGCUUGCUUCAGAGCCCAGGUCGAGAGUGGGAAGGCCAUCAGCGCUGCGACCUCCAUCAAUAUCAAUAACAGCAAGAAAACAACCUUGACAAAAGCCAACAACGUCUAUCAUUUCUCUCCUCUCCCUCGCCAGUGUUCAGGCUACCAGAGGUGUAGCGAGCGGGUGGCAUCGGCAUUGUAUUUCCUAUAG